CCUUUUUCUAACCCUAGUUAAAAAAUUAUUUUUUGAUUGACAUGAUUUGGCUCUGCUGUACAUCUAAUCUAAUUUACCUUUUUCUAACCCUAGUUAAAAAAUUAUUUUUUGAUUGACAUGAUUUGGCUCUGCUGUACAUCUACAGCAGUGUAGAGUUUACCUACUGUCCCCUUUCCCCAUAUUUCUAGCCUGUUAAAUGAUUUUCAAUUUUCAGUAAAAAAAUAUUUUCUUCACAUAUCCCAACAUUUUUUAUUUUUUAAAUAUUUUUUCUUCACUCAUCCCCUUUUUACUCUCUAUAUAUUUGGAAAAUGUUAUAAGUUUAAAAUGAUACUUAUUUCCUUCUCAUUUUCUUAGCUUCUCCCUCAACUUCUUCCUUCUCAUUUUCUUAGCUUCUCCCUCAACUUUCUCAUGGAUCUUCUUGUUCUAUAUAUGGUAUGUUUUUAAAAUAACUUUGUUUGUUGAACGAAACUGAACGACGAAAAACACUUACCAUUUUUUAAAACGGUUUUCUUUGUUUUAAGUUCUUCUAACUAAGUGCGGUGAAGAAGAAGUAUGUUUUUAAAAUAACUUUGUUUGUUGAACGAAACUGAACGGCGAAAAACACCUAUCAUUUUUUAAAACGGUUUUCUUUAUUCUAAGUUCUUCUAACUAAGUGAGGUGAAGAAGAAAGAGGUGGAGAAAUUGUAUGAAGAGGUUUCAUUAAUUUGUUUAGUAUUUAUAUGCAUAGUUGACAUGCACAGGAGGACAUAGAAGCCAGCUUUUUGCAUUAAUAUAGAAACUUUUUGUGUGGAAUAUUAAUAAUGUGUUAAGUUAAUUAUUAAAAUUAAUUGAAGUUUUUAGUAUUAAACAUGUGAUUGAGAUUUAAGAUAAUAGUAACCGCGUGUAUCGGUGUGGUUUGUUCUGUGACAUUUGAAGUGGAAUCUUUAAGUAUCCAUAGCUUUCUGGUUUUAGGUACUGUUUCUAUAUUUUCUAACAUUAAUUUGAAGCGUGUGAUUAGUCAAAAUAAUACUAGUAAUAAUUAAUAACCCUGUUAGAAGCCAUUUUAUUUUUUAAAAUAUUGUCUUCUCAUUGGUUCCAUUCAUUGUAUGUUAAGCUGGUUCUCUACUCUGUUACUUUAUUUCUUAUUUUAGCAUGUUCAAUCAUACUUAUUUACCGUUUCAUUAUUUUCGUAGUUUGCUGCGUUUAUGGUCGGAAUGGCCAUAGGCGCAUAUGUAAUUUUCCGCCUCGUGUCUAAAGAUGGCGGGAAGAUCCUUCCGCCUCCACCAGACAUAACUUUAUCUAUAUUUUUUUUUGCUUUUUUUUUAAAUUUUUUUUAAUAUAUUUUUAAUUAUUUUUAAAUUUUUUUUUAAUCUUUUUUAAUUUUUAAUGUCUGUUGUGGUAUGGCCAUCUCAUUCUGUAAACAACAAGAUGAAGAACAAAUUUAAUCGGUCUAAAGUUGUUAAAAUAAGAAGGAUCUGUGUACGUGAUUUAACUAGAUGAUCCAUAUAUUAAGGAAUGAUAGCCACACUUUUUGUGAUCGGUCCAUUUUUAAAGAGGUCAAUUUAGUUCUUUUAUAAAUUUAUCGCUUUCAUAGAAAUGAGUUAAAAUUUUAAAUAGAACUAUCAGAAAAAGUGUGCUACAGAGAAUUAUCAGCAUUGCUACCAUAGAUUAAAAGAUCCAAAGAAAUUACAUUUUUUCUUCUCAUGAUAUAGCCUAUCUCUCUCAUUAUGAUUAUUUGCUUGACGCUUCUGCAGAUUCUUUUCACGAGACAUUAGUUCGUUUCUCCGGGCCUCCAGUUCCAGCAUGGCUUUUUCAUGAUCCUUGGUUACAUUUUCCACAUAAUUGCGUUUAGCGUUCCGCAUGUUGCUUAUUUCCACACAGAUUAUGCUUGGGGUGCUGCUGCUCUUGCACACCUAUACUGUUCUAUGAAAAAAAUUAAAGAAGAGGGUAUAAAGCAUCUGCACGGGAUUGCAUUGUCCUUGCAGAUCUUUGUAUUCCUACAUCUGACAAAGAUCAAGGACUUACUCAUGUUAUCGAGUUUGGAUUUCGCAAAUGAACAACUUCCGUUGAUCAAUGAUUGGUCGCGUCAUUUCAAACAAUUUACCUUGAACAAAAGUAAAAAGGUAGAUUAUUUGGAUUUAAUUAACACAAUGACUGCUAAAGAGGUAAGCCUUGUAAUUUAACAACACUAAUAUUUUUAUUUGAAGUUUUUGUUUUAAUCAAUUUAGGAAUUGAAAAUUGUGUUGCAUUUGUAGGUUAACUACAAUCCAUAUGAUAAUAUUCAAUUCUCCGACCUGAAAGAAUAUUCAACUUUCGAGUUGGAAAAAAGGGUAUGUUGUAAAUCAACCUUACAACCUGUAACACCCUUCUACCCAAACGACAUAUUUAAAUAGAUUAUCAGAGUACAACAUGUAGAAGAGUUUACAUUUCUUACAACAUAACAAUUAUCGCAUCACAACAUAAAACAUAUUAUUUAUUUUAUUAAAACUUCGCAGCGGACAACAACAUUAAUAUUAUCAUUCAUCAUAUAACAAUUCAUAAUAAUGGUUCAACAUUAUCUCAACAAAACAUCUCAACAUGUUAGUCAUCAUAAACAACGUAAAUAAUAAUCAAUUAUCUAUCGAAUCCCAUAGCCCCGGUGUCACAUGACCAGAGCAUUUGACUCGACUCUGUAGAAUAACUCUACACUUAUUCUUCAAACCUCAACAAUAGCUACUCCUCUUUAUCUGCACAUUGCUCAUCAUAGAUGAACAUAAACACAUGCAGAAGGGGUGAGAAUUACAUUAUUAAAUAAUAAUAUAACGACAGAAAUAUAAACAUAAAUAUAUUUCUCAUAUGCCAACACAGCUCAUCAUAAUCAUCAUAAUCAACAUAUUCAUGAACAUCAACAAAACAACAUAUCAAAUGCAAUGCACACACCCAUGCAUGACUCAACACGACUCGGUAUACCCAUUUUGUGACCAACUACAGGAUCACCACUCCCAGAUUCAUCACCAUAGAAUCCGAGUUCCCCGCAAGGAACCAAGCCUCUCAACAAGCCCGGAGUCAACAACAUCAUUGGAACUCAGUCCGUUCAUCACUAGGCAUCGGCCUUUCAUGAAUGCAUGCACACCAAUCAUGCAUCAUAAUCAACAUAGCAACAACAGCAUCAUAUAUUCAUGUUAUCAUCAUCAUUAACACAUUCUAUCACAAAAGCAUAUCACAUCAUGCCACAUAAUCAAACACAGUAUUAUUACACUCUACUAAUAUCUAUACCACUCAAAGCAACGGGAAAUGAUCCCUCGUAUACCAUGCAUCAGCUAGGUUACCUCGCUCAGCCUAAACAACCAAAAACUGCACAACAACAGCCCAGGAAAGACCACAAGUCUGCCCAUACGCGUACUGCCUAUGCCCAUACGCGUAUUACCCACGCCUGACCAAAUCCAUACGCGUAUUGCCCAUAUCCAUACGCGUAUGCUACGCGUAUCACAUUCCCAUACGCGUACCAACAGAGACCAAAACACGUUCAAAACAUCAUCUUCUUCAUCCAUACGCGUAUUGCCUAAUGCCAUACGCGUACCAGCAAUCUCAUACGCGUAUUGCCUAGUGCCAUACGCGUAUGACCAGGAACCAGAUUUCCAGAUCUGCAAUGGCUUUUUCUGCUACGAGAUCUAUCCAAAUUCAUCCUUCCACAGCCCAAAUUUCACACAAAAUCACUCAUAUCAUCUAAUACAAAUAGUUCCCUAUUCGAUUUCACAAAUCCUAACAUCAUUGCAUAUAAUUUCUACGAAUUCCUUCGAUUAAAAACCCAAUUUCGUUCAUCCAAUAUUUCACCAUUUUCAGCAUAUUAUUGUUUAAUAAGGUUCAGACCCCUUACCUCUUUGGAUUGAAGGAAGCUCUGAGCAAUCUUUGGCCUUUUCCUCUUCCUUCUCUUUCUCUUCAGCGUUUCUCCUCCCUUUCUCUGACUCUGAGGCAAAACACGUGAAAACAACCUGAGUCCUCACUUUGGCCUCUUUUAUCCAAUUUUCACUUUUACCCUUCCACUCUUCAUAUUCCAUUUAUUUAUUUAAUUAUUAUUAAAAUAAAUAACAUCUAUAGUAAUAAUAAAAUAAUCCAAUAAUUCAACUUUAUUUAAUUAAAUUAAUAAAAUAAUAUUAACUCAAUUAAAUAAUUCUCUUAUUUUAAUCGGGGUGUUACAACUCUCCCCCACUAAAAGAGUUUUCGUCCUCGAAAACAUACCUCAAGCAAAUAGAGCCGGAUACGACUCCUUCAUCUGAUCUUCACGCUCCCAAGUCAAGCUCUCACCAGCUGGACCUCCCCAAACAACUUUCACUAGAGCAAUCUUCUUACCUCUCAGGGUCUUCUCUUCUCGGUCAUCUAUCCGAAUUGGCAACACCUCAACGGUCAAAUUAUCCCUCACCUGGAUAUCAUCCAACUGAACAACAUGCGAAGGAUCCGCAAUAUAUUUUCUCAACUGAGAUACAUGAAACACAUCAUGCAGAUUAGAAAGCGACGGCGGUAAAGCUAUCCGAUACGCCACUUCUCCAACCCUCUUCAAAAUCUGAUACGGACCCACAAACCUCGGAGUAAGCUUUUUAGACUUUAAAGCUCUACCCACACCUGUCGUCGGAGUAACUCUCAAGAACACAUGAUCUCCCUCUUGGAACUCAAGUGCCUUUCUCCUGUUAUCAUGAUAACUCUUCUGACGACUCUGAGAAAUCUUCAUUUUCUCCUGAAUCAUCUUAACCCUUUCAGUCGUCUGCUGCACAAUCUCAGGUCCGAGUACCACACUCUCACCUGACUCAUACCAACACAAUGGAGUUCUACACCUCCUACCAUACAAUGCUUCAUAUGGAGCCAUACCGAUACUAGCAUGAAAACUAUUAUUAUAAGUAAACUCCACCAACGGCAAAUAACUAUCCCAAGAACCACUCUGCUCCAACACACAAGCUCUCAACAAAUCCUCCAAGGAUUGGAUAGUUCUUUCGGUCUGACCAUCGGUCUGAGGAUGAUAAGCUGAACUCAACCUCAACUUAGUUCCCAACGCUUUCUGCAAACUUUCCCAAAAUCUAGAAGUAAAUCUGGGAUCUCUAUCAGAUACAAUACUGGAUGGAAUACCAUGCAGCCUCACUAUCUCCUCAAUAUACAACUCUGCCAACUUCUCUAAAGAGUGAUUAAUCUUCAUCGGCAAGAAAUGCGCCGACUUAGUCAAUCGAUCCACAAUCACCCAAAUAGAAUCAUUACCUUUCACCGUCCUCGGCAAUCCCGUCACAAAAUCCAUGGAAAUGCUAUCCCACUUCCAUUCAGGAAUCUUCAAAGGUUGCAUCAUACCUGCCGGUUUCUGAUGUUCAAUCUUUGACUUCUGACAAGUCAAACAGGCAUACACAAACUUAGCAACAUCUCUUUUCAUACCAGCCCACCAAAACAACUUCUUCAAAUCUUGAUACAUUUUAGUUGCACCUGGAUGGAUACUCAAUCCACUCCUAUGGCCCUCUUCAAGAAUACUCUUUUUCAAUUCAGACACCUCAGGAACACAAACUCUACCUUUAAAUCGCAGGAUGCCAUUCUCAUCAAUCUCAAAAUUACCACCAUUACCCUGGUUAACCAUAGUAAUAUGAUCAACUAGAGCGACAUCAACUUGCUGACCAUUCCGAAUAUCUUCCAGAAUUCCACUAGUCAACUUCAGCAUACCCAACUUUACACUAUCAGCGGAAACUUCACAAUCCAAACUCAUAUCACGGAACUGUUCAAUUAACUCGAGCUCCCGAACCAUCAUCAUAGACAUAUGUAGAGACUUUCUACUCAGCGCAUCUGCAACUACAUUAGCCUUACCGGGAUGAUAACUCAAUUCAAAGUCAAAAUCCUUCAGUAAUUCUAACCACCUUCUCUGCCUCAUAUUUAACUCUUUCUGAUCAAACAGAUACUUCAGACUCUUGUGAUCACUGAACACUUCGAAUCUGGAACCAUACAGAUAAUGCCUCCACAUUUUCAACACAAAUACAACAGCUGCAAGUUCUAGAUCAUGCGUAGGAUAAUUCCUCUCAUGAACUUUCAACUGUCUAGAAGCAUAAGCUACAACUUUACCAUUCUGCAUCAAAACACCACCAAGACCCAUCAAAGAAGCAUCACAAUAGACAACGAAGGACUCACCAGGAUUAGGCAAGAUCAACACUGGAGCACUGGUCAACCGCCUCUUCAACUCCACAAAACUCGCUUCACAAGCUGCAUCCCACACAUACACUUGACCCUUCUUAGUCAACUGCGUCAACGGCAAUGCCAACUUAGAGAAGCCCUCAAUAAAUCUGCGAUAAUAACCAGCUAACCCCAGAAAACUGCGUAUCUCAGUAGCAGACUUCGGAGUCUCCCACUGUAAUACGGCAUCAACUUUAGCAGGAUCAACAGAAAUCCCACCACUCGAAAUCACAUGGCCAAGGAAACUCACUUCCUUCAACCAGAACUCACAUUUAGAUAACUUUGCAUAUAAUUUCUUUUCUCUUAACACCUGCAAAACAAUUCUCAGAUGUCCUGCAUGCUCUUCUUCCGUCUUAGAAUAUAUCAAUAUAUCAUCUAUGAACACCACAACAAAAUUAUCAAGGUACGGAUGAAAUAUACGAUUCAUAUAUUCCUUAAACACACCUGGAGCAUUAGACACACCGAACGGCAUCACAGUGUAUUCAUAAUGACCAUACCUCGUACGGAAAGCAGUCUUCGCAAUAUCAUCUGACUUCACUCGGAUCUGAUGAUAACCCGACCGCAAAUCAAUCUUACUGAAAACAUGAGCUCCAACCAACUGGUCCAUCAAAUCAUCAAUCCUCGGCAAUGGAUACCGAUUCUUGAUAGUCACCUUAUUCAACUGCCGGUAAUCGACACACAACCUCAUCGUACCUUCUUUCUUCUUUACUAACAAUACUGGUGCACCCCAAGGAGAAACACUUGGACGCACAAACUUCUUCUCAAGCAAUUCUUCAAGUUGCUUCUUCAAUUCAACUAAUUCAGUUGCCGACAUUCUAUAAGGAGACAUCGACACUGGACUCGUACCUGGUACUAAGUCAAUGGCAAAUUCGACUUCCCGUUCUAGAGGUAAUUCACUUACAUCCUCUGGAAACACAUCCUGAAAUUCACAGACAACAGGCAAAUCUACACUCACCACUUUCUUAUCCGCUUGCAGAGACGCAAAUAAAGCGAAUAUCUGAGCUUCAUCUUUCACAAAAUCCCCCACCUGCUUAGCAGAUAGAAAUCUUGCCUCAUCAUUCUCACCAACUUCAGAAAAUCGCAUUGUCUUCCUAUAGCAGUUGAUAAACACGCCAUAGAAUUCUAGCCAAUUCAUUCCCAGGAUAAUAUCAAUUUGGUGCAAGGGUAAGCACACCAAAUCAACCACGAACUCUCUCUCAAAGAUCGUCAACUGACAACCUCGACAGACAACAGAAGUCUUCACAGAACCAUUAGCAGGAGUAUCUAUCACCAUACUUCCGCCUAGGGACGACAUAAUCACACCAAUCCUGGUCGCACACUCAUACGAAAUAAAUGAAUGAGUAGCACCAGUGUCAACAAUAGCAAGCAAUUCAACAUUAUUAAUCAAGCAAGUACCUUUAAUCAGAUUAUCUUCUGUAGGAGCUUCAGCCCCACUCAGAGCAAACACCCUACCAGUAGUAUGAGCUGCAGUAGCCGCCUUCUUCGGUUUCGAGCACUGCGAACUGAUAUGGCCUUUCUCGCCACAAUUAAAACAUGUCGGACCAGCAUCCUUACAUUCAGUAACUCUAUGUCCAGCCUGACCGCAUCGGAAACAUCUCAGCACUUUUUUGGUACAGCUAUCCGCACGGUGGCCUGGCUCGCCACACUUGAAACAUUUACCAGCUAUGGGAGAUCCUCCUCCACUUGGCUUCUUCUCAUCUACCACUUUCUGCUUACCUUUACCAUUCGGAGAUGCAUAAGGACUACCACGAUCCUUAUUCUUCUUCUCACUAAGACUCUUGUAGUGAGCAGUCCUAGCCUUGCUAUCUUCAUCAAAUAUCCUGCACUUGUUAACCAGUGUAGGAAACCUACGAAUCUCCUGGUAACCAAUGCCUUGUUUGAUCUCGGGACGCAACCCGUUCUCAAACUUGACACACUUGGAUUCCUCAGCAUCAGCAUUAUUAUAAUGAGGACAAUACUGCACCAGCUCCUCAAACUUCGAAGCGUAAUCAGCAACAGACAUGUUACCCUGCUUCAGUCCCAGAAAUUCCAUCUCCUUCUUACAUCGCACAUCAGCAGGAAAAUAUUUCUCCAGAAAGGCCGUCUUGAACCCUUCCCAAGUCAUCUCAGCACCUGGUACUUCAAUCCUCUGUCGAGUGUUAUCCCACCAGUUUUCAGCCUCUUCAGAUAACAUAUGCGUACCAAACUGCACCUUCUGUGCUUCAGUACACGUCAUCACCCGGAAAAUCUUCUCAAUUUCCUUCAGCCAAAUCUGAGCACCAUCUGGAUCAUAGCGCCCCUUGAAUGUAGGAGGGUUAUUCUUCAGAAACCUUCCCAAAUUCCUAAACUCGUCGACCGGCGGAUUCUGCUGCGCCUGCAUAGCCUGCGCCAUAGCAGCCAAAGCCUCAGCAAUCGCACGGUCAUUUUCUCCAGCCAUACUCUGCACGACACAACUACAACCGUUAAAUAUCGACAGUGUCAUUUACACUAAUCGACCAACAGGGAAAACAUCACAUUAUGACUCGACUGGACUGACCAUGCUCUGAUACCACUAAUGUAACACCCUUCUACCCAAACGACAUAUUUAAAUAGAUUAUUAGAGUACAACAUGUAGAAGAGUUUACAUUUCUUACAACAUAACAAUUAUCGCAUCACAACAUAAAACAUAUUAUUUAUUUUAUUAAAACUUCGCAGCGGACAACAACAUUAAUAUUUUCAUUCAUCAUAUAACAAUUCAUAAUAAUGGUUCAACAUUAUCUCAACAAAACAUCUCAACAUGUUAGUCAUCAUAAACAACGUAAAUAAUAAUCAAUUAUCUAUCGAAUCCCAUAACCCCGGUGUCACAUGACCAGAGCAUUUGACUCGACUCUGUAGAAUAACUCUACACUUAUUCUUCAAACCUCAACAAUAGCUACUCCUCUUUAUCUGCACAUUGCUCAUCAUAGAUGAACAUAAACACAUGCAGAAGGGGUGAGAAUUACAUUAUUAAAUAAUAAUAUAACGACAGAAAUAUAAACAUAAAUAUAUUUCUCAUAUGCCAACACAGCUCAUCAUAAUCAUCAUAAUCAACAUAUUCAUGAACAUCAACAAAACAACAUAUCAAAUGCAAUGCACACACCCAUGCAUGACUCAACACGACUCGGUAUACCCAUUUUGUAACCAACUACAGGAUCACCACUCCCAGAUUCAUCACCAUAGAAUCCGAGUUCCCCGCAAGGAACCAAGCCUCUCAACAAGCCCGGAGUCAACAACAUCAUUGGAACUCAGUCCGUUCAUCACUAGGCAUCGGCCUUUCAUGAAUGCAUGCACACCAAGCAUGCAUCAUAAUCAACAUAGCAACAACAGCAUCAUAUAUUCAUGUUAUCAUCAUCAUUAACACAUUCUAUCACAAAAGCAUAUCACAUCAUGCCACAUAAUCAAACACAGUAUUAUUACACUCUACUAAUAUCUAUACCACUCAAAGCAACGGGAAAUGAUCCCUCGUAUACCAUGCAUCAGCUAGGUUACCUCGCUCAGCCUAAACAACCAAAAACUGCACAACAACAGCCCAGGAAAGACCACAAGUCUGCCCAUACGCGUAUUGCCUAUGCCCAUACGCGUAUUACCCACGCCUGACCAAAUCCAUACGCGUAUUGCCCAUAUCCAUACGCGUAUGCUACGCGUAUCACAUUCCCAUACGCGUACCAACAGAGACCAAAACACGUUCAAAACAUCAUCUUCUUCAUCCAUACGCGUAUUGCCUAGUGCCAUACGCGUACCAGCAAUCUCAUACGCGUAUUGCCUAGUGCCAUACGCGUAUGACCAGGAACCAGAUUUCCAGAUCUGCAAUGGCUUUUUCUGCUACGAGAUCUAUCCAAAUUCAUCCUUCCACAGCCCAAAUUUCACACAAAAUCACUCAUAUCAUCUAAUACAAAUAGUUCCCUAUUCGAUUUCACAAAUCCUAACAUCAUUGCAUAUAAUUUCUACGAAUUCCUUCGAUUAAAAAUCCAAUUUCGUUCAUCCAAUAUUUCAUCAUUUUCAGCAUAUUAUUGUUUAAUAAGGUUCAGACCCCUUACCUCUUUGGAUUGAAGAAAGCUCUGAGCAAUCUUUGGCCUUUUCCUCUUCCUUCUCUUUCUCUUCAGCGUUUCUCCUCCCUUUCUCUGACUCUGAGGCAAAACACGUGAAAACAACCUGAGUCCUCACUUUGGCCUCUUUUAUCCAAUUUCCACUUUUACCCUUCCACUCUUCAUAUUCCAUUUAUUUAUUUAAUUAUUAUUAAAAUAAAUAACAUCUAUAGUAAUAAUAAAAUAAUCCAAUAAUUCAACUUUAUUUAAUUAAAUUAAUAAAAUAAUAUUAACUCAAUUAAAUAAUUCUCUUAUUUUAAUCGGGGUGUUACACAACCAACCUACCUCAUCAACUUUAAUGAGGUUGCAUUUUUUCAACCCCAUAAAUUUGAAAAACAAUAUUCUAAUGCACGUGUCGGGGAUAGAGAAUAUCAUACUUUACCCUACAAAUCAACCCCAUCUAUUUGCUCAAUAUAAACAGUAUCACAAAUUAAUUCCCAAGCCAUGACCACAAUGACAACUAACCUCCAAAAAUUUAUGCUGCUAAUAAUUCUUAACUAACUUUUAACAACAGAACCCUCACAAAAAUUAUCCUAACUGAAACUAACAGAAUUGCUAUCUGUUCUUAGAGAAAAGUUUAUGGAAGUUCCACCAAAUGCAACUGAAGUUGAACUAGAUCGACAUACUAGAGCAUAUGUUCUAGGUUCGUCCUUAUUCAGUAGUUCUUCUAAGGGUGAUGUUGAUACUCUCUAUCUUCCAUUGCUUUAUCAUGUUGAAAAAAUAAAAGAUUAUGCUUGGGGUGCUGCUGCUCUUGCACACCUAUACUGUUCUAUGAAAAAAAUUAAAGAAGAGGGUAUAAAGCAUCUGCACGGGAUUGCAUUGUCCUUGCAGAUCUUUGUAUUCCUACAUCUGACAAAGAUCAAGGACUUACUCAUGUUAUCGAGUUUGGAUUUCGCAAAUGAACAACUUCCGUUGAUCAAUGAUUGGUCGCGUCAUUUCAAACAAUUUACCUUGAACAAAAGUAAAAAGGUAGAUUAUUUGGAUUUAAUUAACACAAUGACUGCUAAAGAGGUAAGCCUUGUAAUUUAACAACACUAAUAUUUUUAUUUGAAGUUUUUGUUUUAAUCAAUUUAGGAAUUGAAAAUUGUGUUGCAUUUGUAGGUUAACUACAAUCCAUAUGAUAAUAUUCAAUUCUCCGACCUGAAAGAAUAUUCAACUUUCGAGUUGGAAAAAAGGGUAUGUUGUAAAUCAACCUUACAACCAACCUACCUCAUCAACUUUAAUGAGGUUGCAUAUUUUCAACCCCAUAAAUUUGAAAAACAAUAUUCUAAUGCACGUGUCGGGGAUAGAGAAUAUCAUACUUUACCCUACAAAUCAACCCCAUCUAUUUGCUCAAUAUAAACAGUAUCACAAAUUAAUUCCCAAGCCAUGACCACAAUGACAACUAACCUCCAAAAAUUUAUGCUGCUAAUAAUUCUUAACUAACUUUUAACAACAGAACCCUCACAAAAAUUAUCCUAACUGAAACUAACAGAAUUGCCAACUCAGUAAUUCAGCUCAAAUAUAUUUAACCAAAUUCACAUUCACAACAUAAAUUAAACUCAUUUUCAAAUGACAGUUCAAUUCACACGCAAAUUCAUGCUAGGUGGAAACAAACACGACUUACUUAAGUGCAUCAUAAACUAACUGCAUUUCAACCAAGCUAACUCAAACAUAUAGUUAAGUUGACCUGUUCUAAGCAUAACUAACUAUAACUUCUCUAACAGUCUACAACACAAACUAGCAAUACUAACAUAAUCACAGUGAACAAAAAUAGAGUUAACAAAAUCAAACUAACUCUCUAACCGAUGGGAGAGAUUUUGCAGAGAGCGAAGCGUGAGUAUUGUUUGAAGGAUCUUCUUAGAAACUUUUCGAAUUUUAAAAAUCAAUCUUCAAAUUUUAAAUUUCAAAACGUAUUUUUUAAGUGUUUUGAGACUAUAUAACCACAAACUAUUUAUUUUCCUCAUGCUAGUUUAUUUUGGAUUCUAGAAACCAAAUGACUUUAAAAUCCAGAACGUAUUUGAAGGGAAAGUGAAAAAGUAACAAGCCUAGUGUAACAAAGAAAACUUUGCAACCAAGUGAACCGAUCAACUAGGAGAGGGGACCACAGGUCCACAGCUGCUACUAACGAAACUAUCAGCAAGCACAUUAUUAGACUAUGAAAAGACAAACUCUGGCUUUUUAACUGUUAACUCUAAUUAGAGCUUAUUGGUAGGAAAAAGAAAACUUGAACAGAAUACAACCAUAGAAAUAUAUACACAUUAGGCCUCUCUAAGUGCCUUUCAUGCUAUCCUUUUCUUUCUAUUUUCUGCAAUUACUAUUGUACUGAUUGUACUGCUAGAUCCCAUAUGAACUCUAGCCCUUUAUUCCUAAUAAUCAGUACUUUUUUAUUCUACUCUGAGCAUAUUUACAUUUUUGUACUUAGAUAUUAAAUUGAUCUUAUCAUGUACUCUAUGCUAGUUUCAGUGUUAGUUAUUCUGAUGAUGUUUUUAAUAUGUGAUUGGUUAUGGCUAUGAUUAUUAGUAUUGCACUCAAAAAUAAAAUAAGACAGACCUGUGUGGAAAUAAGCAACAUGCGGAACGCUGAACGCAAUUAUGUGGAAAACAACAUAAAUUAUGCGGAACGCUGAAUGCAAGAGACAAAACAGCAUAAAAAAUAUCUCGAUCAUUGGAGCAAAAGUUGUUUAAGUAAAAGACCACAACCUGAGGAACGACAACCCGAAAGAGUACAAGAUGUUCUAAUAGAAGAGCCAAUUGAGGUGGAACACCAUAAUUUGGAUGAUGGGCUCUCAGUCUCAAAGCUAUGUAUAGCAGAGCAAGAUGACUCGGGUGGAGACCAGGCGUUCUGUGACAACUGCAAGACGUCAAUAUUUGCCCUCCACAAACAUUGUCAGACAUGCAAUAGUGACUUUUGUCUCGCCUGUUGUCGUGACUUUUGUGAUGCACAACUUCGAGGUGGUGCUGAUCCAAUUGAGUCACGUGUUACGCCCAAGCAUGGGGUUCACAAACGGCCAAGAUCUGAUAAGCAUGAGGAUAGUGAUGACAGAGUUUGCUGUGAUGGGUUUCUUGAACUGAGAAGCUUCUAUCCUCCAAGUCACAUUGCUGAUUUGGUAGAUGAAGCAGCAAAACUUGUAAACAAACACACGCAUCACAUGCCUAUGAUUGCAGACAAAACUCAUAAGAACUUGCAUUCAAGUUUGAAUCGUAAGGCAGCAUCUCGUGAAGAGUCAAGCGACAACGAUAUAUAUUGCCCAAAGGCUAAAAAUGCAGAUCCUAAGGAUUUACUACAUUUUCAAUGGCACUGGAGAAAAGGGGAGCCAGUAAUUGUCAGGGACCUGCUUGGAGGUACAUAUAAUUCAUUAUGGGAACCAUCAGGCAUGAGCCGCGCAAUCCGUCUGAAGCACAAGACUGUGAAGGCCAUUGAUUGCUUAAGUUUGCACCAGGAAGUUGUUAACACCAAGAGGUUCUUUACUAGCUACACUAAAGGUUGGAAGUGUUCAAAUAAACAGUCUCAUGUUGAAGUUGAAAGAUUGGCCUCCUUCUGAAUCAUUUAAGGAAUGUUUACCUAAUCAUUUUGAGGAGUUCGUAUCUUACUUGCCGUAUAAAGAAUACACUCAUUCUGUAAACGUGUUGACUCAUGUUGCUGAAGCGAAAUUGGGUUCUGAGGAUGUUAUUGCCAUUGAGAAAUUGAUGCCAAAGAACCUUGAGCAAGACAAGAGGGAACUAUAUCUAUAUAUAUUGAAUGAAAUAUUCACCCCAUCCACGAUCAGACCUUUUAUCUGACUGCGGAGCAUAAGAAGAAGCUUAAGGAGGAGCGUGGAAUGUCCUCAUCAAGUCAGAAAUCUGAAAGUAAAAUUUACAUUCACAGCGAAGUUUUUCUUGUUUGUCUAGAA